AGAGCACUACCAUAUAUUUACGCGGCCCUCCCCUCGCGUGUUAACAGUCGAAUGAGAAGGUGCGUACGAAUUAAUCCUUUCUAUCCACCCUAUAGAAGCCUCUGAAAGCUGUUCUUCUCACCCUCAUCAAGUAACCUCCAAGAUUCGCCAUCAAUCAAUACGUACACAGACUGACCGGCAAAAGCUGUCGGUCAAGAGGAAAGAGGAAAGAAAAAUUACAUUACCACAUAGAAGUACUCUGAGAUGUUCUUCUGGGGCAGCUACAACUUUCAGGAGCCGCAGCAGACGGAGCACCCCGAUCGCCCACCGCUGCGGUACCCUGCCUACCUGCCCCCUUCGCUGUCGGUGCUCCAUCGCAGCAGCCCUGCCUCACCUGCGAUCACCGCAUCGACUUCCUCCUCAUCGCUGCUCUCCGACGCAGCCGCGGUGCAGGAGGCGCUGCGGCAGAUUAAAGCGCAUCGCAUGCAGGUGCACCACAUUGCUUGCGGGACGAAGCACCUUGUCGCGGCUGUGAGUCUCACCCAGGCAGAUCAUGUAGCGGAGGCGUCUGCGGGGCCGCAGCAACCGCACCAGCAGCGCAUCAUCGCCCUCUAUGGAAUGGGCAGCAAUGAGUACGGCCAACUUGGUCACCACGUUGCGAAUUACGCCACGACGUUGACUCACCUACUCCUGGAGGAUGUGAUGGAAGGCAUGGUGGUGAGCGUUGCGUGCGGGGCCCGGCACACCCUCGUCUGCACCUCCACCGGCUGCGUCUACGUGGCCGGCGACAACUCGUCGCAUCAGCUUGGCCUGCCCGGUCAGAUGGUGAAGCCGCUUCCGAAAGGUGGUAGCUACGCGCCGAGCUUUACCCAGCUGACGAGCCUCGCCCACAUUCAGGCCGUCUACGCCAACGGCAGCGCCUCCUUUGCCCUCGACCGCCGCGGGCAGGUGUACUCGUGGGGUGAGGCGAAGUACGGCCACCUCGGCCACAACGACAACGGCGAGCGGAUGGACCCGCAGACACUGAAGCUCAUCUCGGUGGACGUGCCGUUGCCGCAGCUCGUGCGCUGGUUUGAGCGGCAUCGCGUGGCCAUCGUGGAGGUGUCAGUUGGAAAGGGCCACAUGGUGUGCCGAAGUGAGACGGACGUCUACACCUGCGGCGAGCCCUUCUUUGGCAAACUCGGCCACGGGGACAUCGAUCCUCGCCUGGAACCGACACGGGUGGAAUUCCCGCCGCGCAAGCAGGUCGAGAAGCUUGUUGGCAUCGCCGCCGGGGACGACCACACGUUGGUGCUGAAGGAGAAUCCCCUCAUCGGAUCGAUUGUGUACUUUUUUGGCAAGUUGAGCAACUCGGAUGGACAGCUGCGGCCAACGAUUGUGCAGAUCCCGACAACGUCGAUCCGCAUGGUCGUGGGGGGCCGUGGUACUCUGUGUGCCGCCGUCACGCUCGAGGGCCAUUUGUAUGUGUGGGGCAAGCACUCCUACCAAAAGGUGUACAACGGCACCAACGCCACGGCGCCGCGUGCGCAGCCGUGCAAGGUGCACCUGCUCGACAAGUACAACAUUGCCGGACUCGUGUCGGGUGGAACGUUUAUGGUGGCGUACGCGGCGGAGGGCGCAGUGGCGCCGUUGGUUGCCGCUGACUCCACCGCAGCGGCGGAAGGUGUCGGCAACAAUGGUAGAGAACACAAAGAAGAAGAGGAGGGAAAGGAGAAGAAGGAGUCGUCGGUGAAGGCGGAAGAGGAACGAGGCGGCCCAUCGGUCUCGUCUGCUUCUCCUUCCGUGGCGCGCAGCUGGGACGUCGUCGUGCCGCACGACGCGCGUGUGGGCCGCGACGGCGUCGGCGACCCGGACGAGGACUACGAGGAAGGCGUGCGAGCGCUGCUGCGGCAGUACCUCGGCCCUGGCCUCGGUGCCGCGUACAUCGCCCAGCUGCCCGCCCACCCUACCCGCUCCGCCGCGCACGUCUACGCGUUUGCGCACAUCCCUGUACAGGAGUUGUCGCGGGGGCAGAAGGUGCGGCUGUGGAUGACAGACGUGUACGCCGUCGGCACCGUGGUCGACAACUCGCCGAGUGAACCACGCGGCUUUUCGGCCAGUCAGGGCGGCCCGUCGCCGUCGCGCUCGCAGACGCCGGUCGCCGGAGGAGAGGAGUCGGAGUCGCCUUCACCACCGGCGGGGAAGCGGGUGAAGAUCGAGUGGCAGCGCGACGAUUGGGAUGAUGAGGUGAUCACCCUCUACUCGGAAGACGAGACUCUUGACGCGGAGAACGCCAACCGCUGGCAGCCGUUUUGGUUUGAGCAGGAUGUCACGGGCGAGUACGUUAUCGCAAAGAGCCGGAAAUAA